CGGAAGUGGUGCUGUGCGUUCCACGGUGUUGAGCGUGGAGACUAAGGGAACAAAAGUAGUAGCGUGAGAGAUAGUAUGUAAGCGAGGCGUUGGAUGUAUGUUCGCACAAUGGAAAGUAAAAGUCCUGGAUACAUAACACCAAAAAAGCCAGCAUUAUCAGCCAGUGCAAGAAAAAUCAAAGACAAUGCAGCAGACUGGCAUAAUCUGAUGCUUAAAUGGGAGACCUAUAACAAUGAUUCAUUCAAUAUAGCAAGCAAGAUUGUCAAUCUAAAAAUAACUGCUGAAUCUGCAGAUAGAAUGUUGUUAGACGAACCCUCGCCUAAUAAGGAUAACAUAACGACGGACAAAGUGGAAUUGGACAGACUGUGCUCGGAAUUACUUCAAACCAUAGAAAAUAUGGAAAAAAUAUGGACCAAGAUGGAGAAGAUAACUGCCACUUUUAAAGGAAUCUGUGAUCUUGAAGCCUAUCAGUUCCCUGGCGAUACUUCUAAGCCAACUCAUUUUCACACUUGGCCAACAACCCUUUUCUAUGAGACCUCCAUGAAAAUGGUAGAUAUGUACAAGAAAGAAAUUCAACUUAAAAGGACUAUAGUUGGGGACCUUGCACAUACAUCAGAUCAGGACUUACGAAUGGUGUAUUUAUCUUGUUGGUUAUAUCAGCCUUAUAUCGACAACAACAUCAAAGUCUUACUUGAAAGUAUGCUGCUGGAAACAGGGCACAGGCCCAUCUAAUGGUUUCAGACCCAUUAAAGGAGAAGGAAAGCUGCCCCACUGACUGAUGACCAAUGGCAACUAGUUCUCCAGUCCCCACUGGUUAUUUCCCCCGUAUACAAGUUUAGAAUUCAACAGUUAUAUUUUGUACAUAGGGCCUAUUAUACUAGAACUCUCCUUCACAGGCUUAAUCCGAUGCUCCCGAAUACAUGUUUGCGGUGUGAGAGGGAAGAGGGUACUUUCAUGCACACGUUUUGGUCUUGUUGCAAACUGCAUUCCUUCUGGGUGGCCAUUCAGGCUCGGAUAACAAAACUACUAGGGUUUGAGCUCCCACUUGACCCUAAAUGGUACUUAUUAUGUAUGGACCCACCUACCCCACUGGCAUCCCCAGCCCGUAAAAUGGUUAACAAGUUACUUUUCCUGGCCCGAAAGCUCAUAGCACUUCAUUGGAGGGCAUCUCUCCCCCCUACAUACCAGGCAUGGGAAAAAGCGGUCCAAGACUUGCAAAAGGUAGAAGAUCUCAUAGCUAGAAGGAAUGGUACUUCCAAACAGUAUCUUAAGAUUUGGCAAUUAUGGAUUUUGGAUGAUGUAUAACUGUCUGUUUGACCUUUUUUCUGUAAUUCAACCUUGUGUUUAGACUGUUUUGUACGUCUGACUGUUAUGCAUAUAUGCACAUCUACUGCUGUAAAACUGCUAAAUACCUGUGUAAUGUUUGUUCUAAUAAACUUACCUGAACCAAAAAAAAAAAAAAA